ACCCUGGAGGGUGGGAAACCUCUGAAAGAGGCCAUUGGCGAGGUUAGCUAUGGGGCGAGUUUCAUAGAGUACUAUGCUGAAGAGGCAAAACGUGUGUAUGGUGACAUCAUUCCAUCCACAUUACCAGAUCGAAGGUUGUUUGUUUUAAAGCAGGUGAGCAUCCUUAGGGGAGUGUAUGUGUUGACUAACCAAGUUGACAGCGAAGGCGAUGUCAGGUCUAGUGUAUCACUAGGUUUGCAUCCCAAGUUACCAGUUUUCAUCAACAGAUCAAGGAUGUAUUUUCUUUGGGAAACAAAAAUGCCCUUCCUUGAUCAAGAAACCUCCAUCCCCAAGAAGUACCGCAAUUGCCCAAGAUCUUUCACUUCAAACUCCGUUGCUAAACACUUCUUCAAUCUUUCCAUCUCAGCUAUAUUAUCUCAUGUUAGGAUGAUAUCAUCCACAUAUACAAUUAAAAUAAUUAUUGUCCCAUCUGUGGAUUAUCUAUCAAACCAUGCUCUAGGUGACUGCUUGAGCCCAUACAAAGAUUUCUUGAGUCUGCACACUCGAUUUUCCUCAUUAGAUUUAUUGAAGCCUGAUGUGCGAAUGUUUCGUGUAGUCGAUGCCAUAUGUUUAUGCUUCCUGAAUAUUCCUUGUAAUUUAUGUUUCAUCAAGGUAGAUCGUCAUUAUUCUGAGAUUGAGAAUCAUCAGAGGACUUCUCAUCAGUUCCCAACAUCAGUUCAGACUCUCUUGGUACCUCAGAUUAUUUCCUUGUCACUUUGUUCUCCUUCAUCUUCCCCUGAAUUCAAGUUUCCUUCUAUGUAUGGCACUUUAGAGGGUAGGGUGACUGAAUCAGUAUAUGGGAUAUCAGAGAGAUCAAGAUUGACUGCAUUAGCAGCAGCUGACCUCUCCAUUCAAGCUGGAAUCCCACCAGGUGUAGUAAAUGUUGUAAUGGGAAACGCUGCUGAUAUUGGGGAAGCUUUGCUUGCAAGUUCACAGGUAAGAAAGAUAACAUUCACUGGGUCAACAGCUGUCGGAAAAAAAUUAAUGGCAGGUGCUGCUGGGACUGUGAAAAAGGUCUCCCUAGAACUUGGUGGCAAUGCACCUUGCAUAAUCUUUGAUGAUGCAGAUCUAGAAGUAGCUCUGAAAGGAACUUUGGCAACAAAAUUCCGUAACAGUGGACAAACUUGUGUUUGUGCAAAUAGAGUGCUUGUGCAAGAAGGGAUCUAUGAGCAAUUUGCAAAUGCAUUUUCUAAUGCUGUGCAGAAUAUGAAAGUUGGGGAUGGUUUUGGUGAAGGUGUGGUUCAGGGCCCGCUAAUUAAUGAUGCUGCAGUGCAGAAGGUUGAAAAAUUGGUGCAAGAUGCCAUCUCAAAGGGAGCUAAAGUCCUUGUUGGUGGCAAGAGACACGGUCUUGGACGGACUUUUUAUGAGCCUACAGUGAUGGCUGGUGUGAAGGGUGAGAUGCUCAUAUCCAGGGAGGAAGUAUUUGGUCCUGUUGCACCUCUUCUGAAAUUUAAAACAGAGGAAGAAGCUAUCCAGUUGGCCAAUGAUACCAAUGCAGGACUAGCCGCCUAUGUCUUCACGACAAAUGUUCAAUGCUCUUGGCGUGUAGCUGAAGCUCUUGAAUAUGGAAUAGUUGGAGUUAACGAAGGAUUGGUUUCGACUGAGGUGGCUCCAUUUGGAGGUAUGAAACAAUCAGGUCUUGGACGUGAAGGAUCAAAAUACGGGAUUGAUGAGUUUCUGGAAAUUAAUUGAGAACCUUAAAAUUUA